AUGGAAACGAUCAAAAGCCUUCUGCUGCAAACGUCAUCCGGAGCCGGGCCAACGAUUGGCGGCGGACCGGAUUAUGCGGACACACCGCUCGGUAUAACAAUGAAGGAUCCGUUCGGCGGAUGUCCUGCCCUCGGCGAUGUCGGCCCCAUCCUGUCCCCGGUGUCGACGGCCGUUGGGAACGGUCCCCCGGGAGACGAUCGUCGGAUGGAGCCACCGAAACCGCAGCGCACGACGACGACGACGCCGAAGGCGACGGGAAGUGAUGAUUUUAUCCAUCCGAAACUUUCGAAACUAAAGCAACCACCGGUAAUUGUGGGGGUGGCCGUGAAGCGGAGCCUGCGGAAGCCACCGGAAGUAAUAAAGGUGGGGAACGGCGGUGGCAGCCCCCCGCCGCCGAACUCCAGCACGCUGGAGCGCUGGCAUAAGGACAUUUUCGAGACACCGGCGGCUCCGGUGCGGCCUCCACUGCAGUAUGAUGACGAUGGCGAUGAUGUGAUAACGACGGAGGUGUCGACGGCACUAGGGAAUGGGGACGAUGGUGCGUGGCACGGUCUCGGGGUGGAAGAUCAAGCAUUAACUCCAGGAGGUGACCAUCAGAAUGGGCACGAUUUGAUCGAUUUGAUCGAUUUCAGCAGCGACCUGGAACAGGAACUCCCGGAGGGGGACGAUGACCGGAAGUGUACGGAGAGUGCCGUACUGGUGGAGGUACUGCCGGUGGAGGUGAAGAAGAAGCGGGUGACAUUUCUGCUGGAUCCAUUCCGGCACGACGAUACGACCGACGGUGGCGAAUCGGAUGUCACCGAGGAGGAACUCCAGCGCGAGGGCGAACGGCGGGACGAAGCUGCGAGCGAGGAUGUCUCGGGAGACGAAGACAUCGAUACCGGGGGCCGGGGGCGGCGGCAGAGAGAUGAAAGUGAUCCGCCCGGCGGUGCAAGAUGGUGGAAAGUUGAACCGCAGCCCCGUCCCACCCGCUGCCAGCUUCGUAAUGAAAUAUCAACAGAGACUAGGCAAACAGAUGACAUUGUUUUGCGUGGCGCCGAGGCGGGCGCGGGUGGUAGCGGCGGUCACGUUGAUAGUGAGGCUGCACGCUGGAGCCCGCAACGGAUACUCGCCGAGGAGGAGGACGCGGUGGGCAUCGGAAACCGGUGGCAGGAAACGGAAACGGUCCAGCGCGCAUGCUCCUCUCCGUUACACGUCGGCGAGAGCGACAGUCUCCGGAGCCAUCGUCGUCAUCAGCGUCAUCAUCAUCAUCAUCAGCAGCAGCAGCAUCAGGCCCCCAGCUCCUCGCGGCCAACGGGCAACGGGUCGCAUUCCGAUGGAGUGUCGUGUGCGAGCGAAAUCGACGAAACUCACGUCGACGAGCGUGGUGUGGAUGUUUGUUUACCGAACGCAUGCGCCGGAACCGAAUCGAUCAACGGCUCCGAACAACGGCGACGGUAUCGCCACCAACACCAGCAGGGCGCCAAAGGACAGCAGCCAACCGUCGACGCCGUUGGCAGUGGUAGUGAGUCGGAGUGCUCCACGGAGGAGCUUUCGGCAUCGAUCGAUGGACGGCAGCAGCACCAGCACGGUGGUAUCGCUGGUAGUGACAUUGAGGGUUGUUGCAUCGACGGACGUGAUUUGAACCGACGAGUGGACGAGUGGCAGAGACGCAGCGGGGUCGCCCUGAGUACAGCGGGAGGCACCGAGGUACUCGACGAACGGCCGAAGCUCGACGAACGGCGAGCAGAGUGUACUUCCAUCGAGCGCAGUGGUGGUAGUCUGCAACGAGGAUUAGAGUGCGCCAGUACCAGGACUACCAGUAUCGCGCUCGGUCCCAGUCCCAUCGAGGAGAACGAGCCAGAGGAGCAGCAACGUUGGCCCGAGGGUGGCCAGUGGGAAGUGACACAGCAUCGACGGCACGCUCCAAAGACAGCCGUUGUAGCUCGCACGGCACAAACUUGCCCCACGGAGUGUGAAGAAAAGUCCACCCAAGUUCCGUCGCCAUCGAAGGCGAAUCUACAGCAGCAUCAGACAUCACGGUCCACGGGAGUUGGAGUGGGUGGUGCUGGUGCUUUGUCCUCGGACAGUGAGAGUGAAAACUACUAUGGCACCUGCUCGCCACCGACGGUAGUACGGCCGGAGUGUGCUGGAGAGCAUCGCAGGUGUCGGUGUCACCGUCGGGAGGAUUGUUCCGCCUCAUCCGGCGGUGCUGGAUCGUCGUCCGUGCUGGUCGAGGUAACACUCAGUGCCCAUAUCUGUGUGCACCACCAGCAAGGUGGCCAGGAGGAGUCGCGAGACCCAGAAUCUCCGUCGCCCUUCGCUGGUUACGACGGUGGCCUAACGAAAGUCUGCCAUUGUGAGAACCUCGACGGGGUUCCUCGUGUGCUUAGAGACUGUGCGACCAACACACACGACCAGGCGGAGGGUCCACCUCACUCCGCAGCCUCCGAAGGUGGUCAUCCGGAAGCACCCCGUCGCAAUCCGUCGAGUGCGGACAGUGGCAUACUCAUCAUCGACGACGAUGACGUCGACGGUUGCGAGGAACAACAGGACCAGGAAGACAACGACCAGCCAACGUGCCAGCAAUCCUCCGACGGCAGUGUGCGUGCGGAAGUCGCUUCGGAAAAGCUUCGGAGCAUUGUGAAAGGUCCUGUCGAGGAGCGUCGGGAUCGGAACACGCAAACGUACAUUGGGAACUUUAUUGACAGUGGAAAACGUAGCCCCGUGCUCGCUGCUAGUGGUGUUGAGGGUGACGUUGGUGGUAGUGUCGCAUCGCAGCAUCCCCUCACCGCGGAGGGUGCUGGUGUCGAGUGUUUUGAGGCCAGUCAGCGCCUGAAGCGGCUGGAGGAACGCUUCCGUGGUCUUGCCUACACGAAAAAGCUCUUCCGGAGUCCGGAGGACUCGAGCCGUGCACGUGCCGAGGAGCGGGAGGAGUCGCGCUACGCACGGGGCACUCCCGGGGGCUCCCUGCCCUCGUUGCUCGUGUGCGCAGGCCAUCCGCCGUCGGUGGACUAUGCCAACACCAACACCUUUGCGCCGGACUCCCCAACAAGCGGCCGUCGUGCUGGUGGUCGUGCUGGCAGCGAUGCGAACGUGACGCUCUCACCAACACAGUCCACGCACCGACCGAGAGGACUCCAACCGUCAGCGUCGACGCCGUCGCUGUUGGAUGGAUUAUCAUCAUCGGCGGCAUCAGUGCAAUCAUCAUCAACGGGAUUGGUAGCAGCAGCAGCAGCAGCAUCCGAAGCGAAUCGCGAACGAAAGCCUCCCAGGAGUAUCCAGCAGUGCGGUGGCGGUGGUAGUAAUCGACUUCUGCCAUCGAGGAAAACAUCUUCGCUCAGUUGUUUACAGCAGGAUGCGACACGGCACGAGGACGAAACCGAGUGCCAUCUGCUGAGUGCUAGUGCCAGUGCUGGAGUGACAAACGCUGACAGCGCGGAAAACAAUCGCUCCAGCGUCUCGUGCUCUGGUUCCAAGCGACGUUCCAUAUCUUCCUGGACUAGACCGAUCUUGCCACCGCUUUCCUCGUCCCUGCUCUCGCUGUCCGCGUCCUCGCUGCUCUCCCUCUCCUGUAUCGAUCUCGAGCGCCAAGGACGGCAACGUGCGGCCAGUCAACGUCCUCCAUCAAACGAACGACCAGCGGUAGAGCCUGACGAGUUCGGGCGGAAGGAACUUCCUCAGGAUACCAACAACAACGUACAUCACACUCGUGCGGAGGAACUCCGGCUCUCCAAAGCAGUCUCCCUGCCUUCGUUACUGUCUCAGGAUGUACGACGUGUUGUCGAGGUAGAAGUUGUCCGGGGUGAAAGUGAUCGUGUUAAGAGUGAUUCGCCGGAGAGUGAUCGUGGUCCACCGUUGCUUGGGUUCGCACCCAUUGGACCGCUGCGACUUCAGCGACAUCCGCGUGCGGUUGAGGAGUUGCGCCAGAACACCGACACACCGGAAAGUAGUGGCGCUGAGUCGGAGGAAAUUUGUAAAAUCUUCCCAGGAGGUCGCGCCCGUGUGAGUGAUCCGUUGGAGAUCGUUGAGACGGUGGUAGUGGUUGGUGGAUCCACCGAGGACGAAGAAGAGGAGGAGGACGACGACGACGACGUCGACGAAGAGGAAGUGUUAUCCUCCGACGUUGGGUGCGCCGAGGAGAGUGAAGUGAUUUGUGUCGAUCGUUUGGCCGACGACCGCGAAGAAGAGGAGGAGGAGUUUGUGCGGCUCGAGAAGUUGUUGGCAGCCGAUCCGCACACAAACUGCGAGUUCGAUACGCGCCAUCUGCAGGACUACGAGCCUGAAGUCUACCGGAUCAAGUACUGCUACGAUGAGCUCGAGGAGGAGCUAGAAGAGCAGCAGGAGCAGCUGGUUGCGGCCGGUGGUGAACUAGUGGUGGUACUCCCUGUAUCGGGUCCUCCACCCGUCCUUCUUCCACCGCCGCCGCCGCCACCGCCUCCACCUCCUCCGCCGAAGGCAGGCAGGUUAUUUUCCAGUGCGGGAAGUGUGUUCCGGACCGUCGCGGAGUUGCACCGUGUGCCGGAGUGUAGUGAGCAGCGGGUCGGUGCGGGGGAUCUAGAGAUCGCUCCGCCCACGUGCGGGGGUUUAGUGUUGGUCGGUUCCGCGGCGCCCGAAAGAGGCGCCCCCGGGAAGGUGGUGCUAGUGGCCAGCAGUGGUGGUGUGCAGUGUGGUGUUGGUGGUGGUGUUGGUGGUGUACAGGGCCGCGGCGCCGUGAGUGCAGUGCGUGAAGACGGUGACAUACCGCCCCCUCCACCGCCCCCCAAGGCACGGGCCGGGUCGGCGUCGGUAGGCGGCGGGUGCGGCUGUGUGCUCGAGGCGAUCCCGCUCUAUCGCAGCGAGGCGGACGCCUUAGUGGCGGGAGGCGGCAGCACGAUGCGGGAGACGGCCACCGGUACCCUGCGGGGGCUGCUGAAGAAGCCGAACCGGCCACCGCCGGUGCGCAAGAACCGGGUGGUGUUCGACGAGACGCGCAACGAGUUCUUCGAGGCGGACUACAUCAUCCUGAUACGGGAGGACUGCCCGUACGACGAGGAGGACGAGGAACCAUGCACCUGCGGUGAACACGAGCUCGUUCGAAUAUGUUGUGACGAAGGCUGCAACUGUGGCUACACGGACGAUGGGCGCACGCCACCGAGUCCGAAGUUUGCUCCCCCGAUCGAGUUUGUCGACCAGGCCACGCUGAGCCCCCCGGAGGGCUACAAAGACGGCAGUGGGCUGCUUGACAACGCACUCGGCGGGGCACUCGGUGGGCACGUCUUCGGUGCACAACAUAUUCAGCAGCUCCAGGUUAUCCAGCGGCUACAGCAGCAACGGGCUGCCAUGUUGGCAGCCAGAGCUGCUGCUGGCCAGCAGGGACAACAAACGGGCACCGCAGGCCAGGGCCAGGCUGGUUCGCAGACCGCCACCGUCAAUCAACAACAGCAGCAGCAGCAGCAGCAGCAGCAAGUGCAGGCGCAACAGCAGGCACAACAACAAGCGCAGCAGCAACAGCAACAGCAGCAAGUGCAACAGAGUGCAGCCGUCUGCACCGAAUGCGCCGAGUGUGCGGAAUGCGCCGCCAAGCAGAUGCACGACGAGGAGUGUGACUCCCAGUGUUCGGACGAUAUCUCGCCGAUGCUGGAGGCGCCCCUUCCACCCCAUGCCGCUCUUCCAAUCGCGCUCGUGCCGCUGGCCAAGUCGUCCCCGGAACGGCGCGUCACGCAGAAGGAAAUCAUCGCCGGCGAGGAACGGCCCAAGUUCCUCACCAUCAAACAGGUGCAAGACUCCGGCGCCCAGGGCGGUGAGGAUCGUGGGGGCGUUGGUGGCUCGGACGGUUCGAGCGCGGCCCAGAACCCGCAGCGCUACAUCGUGGAAACGAUCACGAUGACCACGGUGACCGAGCGGCGGCUCGUGCAGAAACCGGCGCCAGGAACCGCCGGCUCGCCCCUCCCGACGCCACGCUCCGCCGCGUCUUCGUCCUCUUCCUCAACGAUUCCACCUAUCGUUCCAGCAGGCAACGAGGGCGGCUCGACGGCUGUGCCGGUGGCCGGCGGCCCCACCGCGGCCGGUCUCUCUUCCUCAGGCGCUCCCCAAGACUAUCGACUUCUUCAGCAGCAGCAACAGCAGCAGAAGCAGCUCCGUUCCGGUCAGUCGGUGGAGGGAAGUGCGUCCCAGGCGGCGGCCGCCACUUCCGGCGUAGGUAUUUAUGAAACAGUCAAGCACAAGCCGCUCAGCACGGCGCAAGCGAUCAGCGGCAUCCUGAAGGGUGGCAAGCUGUGGAAAAACGAACAACAACAACAACAACAACACCAGCAUCCGCAACAGCAGCAGCAUCAGCAGCAACACCAGCAGCAACAACAACAGCAGCCCCACCAGCAGCCCUCGUCCGUUCAGAACGAUGAGUCAACGGCGGUGACGUCGGACGAGGAGACGAGCUCGAAGCGCUCGGUGCGGUUCAACGAGGAGUCGACGAUCCGGGAGGCGUGCUGCGACGGCGAGGUGCAGGCGGGCCUGGCCGAGGGUGAGAUGGGAACGUGCCGCGCCAUCAACUACAUGUCCGACACGCUGAAGCGCCACUCGUCCGGCCUGUUCCACAACGCGCUCCGCCCGAACUCGGCCGUCCGCCAGCUGUUUCCCAGCAGCGCCAUCCAGCUUACGACGGCCGGCUCCGGGAGUGGGCCCACGGCCCCGACCGCAGUACCGCCCGGAACGACGAUGGUGGCCACGGUCGGCACGACGGGCGCCCAAACGACAACGACGUGCUCCGGCGGCCCGCAUCCGCCGACCGUCCUGACGCAGGAGGCGCUGAAGGCGUUCGACGACGCGAAGAAAACGCCCGGCCUGGUGCACCAGCACAGUCUCACCAGCAACUCCGGCAGCAUGAGCAACAUCCCGAACAGUGCGGCGGCGGCGCUGGCCGCUUCGGCGGUGGCGGCGACGGCCGGCGGUGGCGCGGGAAUGCCGGGCGGACCGGGCGAAACCGACACCAUUCGGCGCACGAUCGAGCGGAACGCGCUGCGAAGGUCGCUCAUCAAGUAUGAACCAAAGAAAAAGAUCCCGGUGAAGGACGUCACCUCGCUGGAGGAACGCAUCCGGCAGCUGACGUGCGACAUCGACGAUCCGAUCGACGAGUCGGCGGGCAGCGACCAGGCCGGCGACGGCGAACUGGGCGAGCUGGAGCGAAGGGACAGUCCGGCGGGCGAGGAGAACCCCCAGCAGCCGAAGUACAUUCCGGACAAGAGCUUCUCGCCGAGCUCGUCGGCGUCCAGCUCGAGCAGCGGCUCGAACGGUUCCACGUACAAGAAGAUCACCGACCUGUUCCACCGCGACCGGCGGCAGGAGAAGAUCCCGGAGGCGGACGAGAACCCGAUCGUGAUCAUCCCGCAGGACUGCCGUUGCCCGGCGGGUCCGGACAUUGGAAUGGGCGUUCAAAUUCAGGGUGCACACACGCAGAUCCACCAACCUCCGCAGCAGCGCCAGGUCGACGCGCGGCGCCAGUUCCUCUCCACGCUGGCGCCACUGACGGCGUGCGUCGCCGGCCAGCGGGACGACCUGUCCUACUACACACUGGCCCAUCCGGGCGACCGCAGCUCGAUGGCGAGCUCGCAGAGCACCGAGUACAGCAUCGGCGACAUCGACGCGGCCCUGCACGACGACGACGGCAAGAAGGUCGCGCCGGACGUGAUCGCCGGUACGCCCGGACAGGAGUCGGACGAGCUGGCCGCGUUCGUGCAGCAGGAGGGGGCCCGCACCGAGCGGCUCAAGAAGCGGUACAGCGCGGAGACGUCCACGUCGGCACCCGCUUCCGGCGCCGGCUCGGACGACGACGAGCAGAACGACUACGGCUUCAACUCCCGGCCGUCGGUACGCGGGAUCAAGCCACGCUUCGGCUCGACCAACGAGAUCCUCCAGCAGAUGCAGGCUCAGCUCGCCGCCCCGACACCUCCACAGCCAAAGUCCCAAUCGACGACGGUUCCCGCGCAGACGCAGCCGAUCCAGUCGAACACCCUGCCCCGGCCGCAUACGGCCAGCAGCAUGCACGUGGCGGCGGCUAAGCAGCAGAUCACCACGCACCAGCAUACGGCCUCGUGGAGCUACUAUCCUGCCGUCGAUCCGGCGACGCAGGCCAAGGGAGUGGCUCAUCAACCGGCGGCCGUCGUCGGACAGCAACAACAGCAACAGCAGCAACAGCAGACGGCGACGGUAGCUCCCGUGGUCGCUACGGCCGCGAGUGGUCAAGCGAACAUGCUGGCAGCUGUGGACCCGCACGGGAACUACUACCACAUCCCGGUCCAGACACGCCACAGCUACCACGGGCAGGAAGCGAUCUACCAGAACUGCGCCAACCUGCCGCUCGGAGUUCAGGCCAGUGCGGUCCAGGUGCAGUCGCACCAGAUCCACACACAGCACCAGGCGGUACACACGGCCCACCACAUCCACCAGAUGACGGACACGGCCACGUACGGCAAGUUCGCGCGCAGUCCAACGCGCCGGCCCGAAUCGCCGCCUCCUCUGAGGAACUACCACCAAACGAUGGUGCUGAUCCCGUACAACGCCGAGACGUACCAUCGCUAUACGGCGCAGGAGCAGGAGAACUACCGACGCCAGCACAACAUCGUCGAGUACCAGCAGGUCACCCAGCAGACGAUCCGCGUUCCGGUCGGCUACCCGCUGCCCGGCAUGCAGCUGCACGUCGUGGCCGCCGGAGCCCGCGCUGGCCUACCUCCACACUACUCCACCCUGCCCCGGCUCGGCACCAACACGGCCCCGGUGAACGCGGGGACGGGCACGAACAGCGCCGGCCAGCCCGGUGCGGCGCCACCGCCACUGCCACCGCAGGGUAAACCUCCGGCCUACUCGCAGUACCCCGGCACGGCCGACGGCAAGCCGGGCGUCAAGUUUACCGAGCGGGGCGCACCGGAGGGGGCGGCCAGUGUGCAGCCGUCCGACGCCGCCAGCCAACUCCUCUCGCCGACCGGCCAGGGCCACGGUCCGCCGGGAAUGCCACCGGGUGUCAGCAGCUCCGCGACAACCACGGCAGGAACGACGGCGGCGGCGGCGGUGGUAGCCGGAUCCCAGGGUGCUCAAGCAACCGGUGUGGUGCAGUCAGCGUCCGGAGCUGGAAGUGGCCAAGCGCAGCAGCAGCAGCAACAGUGCGCCCAAGGGGCCGUGUUCUACGCCAUGAACGUUUGA